UUUCACAUCAUAACAAUACACACAAUUUGUAGUGUUUAUCGUGAAUUAUUCCUUAAUUUUAAUGUCAUGGCCUCAAUACAUGGUAGGGUGCAUAUGCUUAUUAUCCAAUCCUUUUUGUUAAUGGUGGCAGUAACGCUAGCAUCUGCUCAGGAGCCCAGGCCUGCAACCUGCUCGGACCGCUGUGGUGAUGUCGAAAUUCCAUAUCCAUUCGGCAUAGAGCCUCGCUGUUAUCUGGAGUUGCCGGGACAAGAAGAACAGCAAUUCAAGGUCACUUGUGACCGGGCCACCACGCCACCAUUACUCAAGUUCUUGAACGGUGAUAUCCUUAAUCAAAGUAUUACCAACAUUUCUGUAGGUGUGAAUGAGAUGCAAGUAAUGUUGCCAACAUCCCGAAACUGCUAUACCAACAAUUCAUACGACGAAUCUUUGUACAGACACAGUCAGCUCAUCCUUCCCUCUGGUUAUACCAUCUCUGAUAAAAACACAGUUUACAUCAUUGGGUGUAACAAAAUAACACUAUAUCAAGGUUUUGUUAGCCAAGUCGACCCAGAGCCAAAAGAAAUCGAGAAACUGGGGACAAGCGGCGUGAGCUUGUGUCAAGAUCUUCUUGGAGAGCUCCCCCAGAAUUGCAGUGGCAUCGGGUGUACCAAAGGUUCCAUUGUAAAUGGACUGCACAAUAUUACGUUGGAUGUGUGGACAAUCGGUACAGGCCUUGGAAGCACAUCACAGUGGGGACUAGACUACCCGUGUAGCUACGGUUUCAUUGUGGAUGAACGCAAUUUCACCUUCGCCGGGAAUGCAACUUUUAGAGAGCUAGACAGCACCACAAGGCCGGAGCUUCCGGUGGUUGUUAACUGGGAAAUUGGGAAGGACAACUGUGAAGCAGCCUCUAAUAAUCAAAUUUCUUAUGCAUGCAAGGCCGCAAAUACUGAAUGUGUCAACGGCUCUUCUGGUGGAUAUUUUUGCCGGUGCCAGAAAGGUUACCAGGGGAACCCAUACGUCCUUGAUGGUUGCGAAGAUGUUGAUGAGUGUACUAAUUCGACCAUCUGCCAUCCUACUUCAAAGUGCACAAAUUUAAUAGGAAAUUACUCCUGUAUAUGUCCCGAAGGCCAAACAAAUGAUCACAAUAACGACAAUCCUUGUGUCAAAAUCGUCGGAAAACCAAAGAAUACUUCCCUCCAAAUUUCACUGGGUGUCUGUUUAAGCUUUGUGGUGGUACUUGUCCUAACAUUUUGGAUAUAUUGCGGAAUGAAGAGAAGAAAAUUCAGGCAACUCAAGGAGAAGUACUUCAAAGAGAAUGGCGGCUUAUUGUUACAACAAAAGUUGGAGAAUUUCAAUGGACCUCAAGCAGCCAAAAUCUUUACGAAAGAAGAGCUUAAGAAUGCCACAAACAACUUCGAUGACAGCGGAAAAAUUGGUGAAGGAGGCUAUGGAUUUGUUUACAAAGGAACGUUGCCAGAUAAAAAGGAGGUUGCCAUUAAGGUGUCAAAGAGCAAUGCUCCAAUGACCCAAAGUAAUCAGUUCAUUAAUGAGGUGAUUGUUCUUUCUCAAAUCAACCAUAGAAAUGUGGUGAGGCUCCUAGGUUGUUGUUUAGAGACUCAAACGCCUUUAUUAGUUUACGAGUUUGUCAGCAAUGGCACACUUUAUGAGCACAUUCAUAAAAAAAAUGGCAAGGGACCGCUUUCUUUUGGGUUACGAAUGAAGAUAGCAACAGAAACAGCAGGAUCACUAGCAUACUUGCACUACUCCACUUCCAUGCAAAUCGUGCACCGAGAUGUGAAAGCAACCAAUAUACUACUGGAUGAGAACUUCAUAGCAAAAGUGUCGGACUUUGGAGCUUCAAAAUUGGUUCCUGAAGAUCAAAAUCAGUUGUCUACUUUAGUGCAAGGGACGCUAGGAUACUUGGAUCCUGAGUAUCUUCAAUCAAACACACUGACAGAGAAGAGUGAUGUCUAUAGUUUCGGGGUUGUCCUUGUGGAGCUAAUAACGAGUCAAGUGGCAAUUUCUUACAAGAAGCCUGAGGCAGAGAGAAACCUAGCAAACGUUUUUGUUACGUCGGUGGUAGAGAAUCGCUUGGCUCAGAUUCUUGAUCAUGAAAUAAUCAAAGAGGGAAGUUUUGAAAUAGCUGAACAAGUGGCCCAUCUCGCUAGAAGAUGUUUAAGUUUGAAAGGAGGGGAUAGGCCUACCAUGAAAGAAGUAGCUAUGGAGCUAGAGGGUAUUUUGGCAGUUAUGGCAAAGCAUCCGGGGGGAAAGCCUGACUCCUCUCCUAAAGAGACCGACUACUUGCUUGCGGCGUCACCUUCAAACGCUUACGCUGUUGAUGUUAGAGGUGAUGAAGGUGAAGUCAUGACCAGUAUCGAUUACGACCAGAGCAUGCAGAAUCAAUCCCAGAUGAUGAAGCCUUAUGACGAUGGGAGAUAGUUCAUCAAUUAGCUUCCUCUUUCACAGCUAGUUAUGUAUGGAGAAUUGUUCUUAAUUUCUCCGGUUGCUUUACUUCUUUUGAGUUGAGUAGUGCUGCGUUAAUUAAAAUGUUUGUUAUCAUACUGCUGUAGUGCUGUAUCUAAUUAAUGUCAGUUGUAAAUUUACUUUUUGGCUAAAUGUGAUCAGUUGUAAAUUAGUUGUACUUCUUUUCCUGUAAACUGUUCGCCGUUUCUUAUUACU